GACAGGAACAACAAAAGCCUCGAUUUACACCGAAGAAAAUAUGUUAUAGCUUAACUACUGGCUAUUUACAUUAAAUAACAUUAAAGACUAGUAAUAUGAGUUAUUUUAUUUAGAACUCCAAGUAACGAAGGCAAUUAACAAUAUGAUUUCUUUCAAAAUGACAGUUAUUGAUCCGACAAUACAUCGUUGUUUGUAAUAAAUCGAUUAUUGCAAAUUAAGGACUUCAGAAGAACGGGACCAAAACAGUAGCCAUGUGGCCGCUUGCAGCGCUGGAAAAAAGACGCCCUGUUUAAAGACAAAGUCUUUCGUUUGACCACAAAACUUCCAAGAGUUAGCUGGUAACUUAGGCAGAUGUCAUGGUGAGUUAUUGGGGAUUUUCAGCAAACCAGUUAAUCUGUGGAUUUCUGCCAAAAUUCUGAUUCCGGCGUUCUGUCAUCCUGCAAAAUAAACUCGAACUUUCUGAAGAAUAACUCGAAUUAUGGGGGAAAUGAAGGUAAAGGUAGCGGUGCGAAUAAGACCUUUGCUACCGAAAGAGAUCCUGCACAACCACCAGGUGUGCGUGCGUGUCCUGCCGAACACUCCGCAGGUUAUUCUCGGGAAUGACCGCACCUUCACCUUUGACUUCACCUUCGGACCCAAGUCCCAACAGGAUCAAGUUUACUACACUUGCGUUAAACCGCUGGUCGCCUCUCUAAUGGACGGCUAUAAUGUCACCGUCUUCGCUUACGGACAGACUGGGUCUGGAAAAACGUAUACAAUCGGAGGGAGCAACAUUACUUCCUCUACAGAAAGCGAGAGAGGGAUCAUCCCCCAUGCCAUUCAGGACAUCUUUCAACACAUUGAAGAGAAGCACAACUCAGACUUCACCGUGAAGGCCUCUUACAUUGAGGUUUAUAAAGAAGAGCUGAGGGAUCUUCUGGAGUUGGACACAUCUUCAAAAGACAUGCACAUCCGAGAAGAUGAGAAAGGCAAUACUGUGUUAGUAGGAGCACGGGAAAAUCUGGUGGAGUCUGUGGACCAGCUGAUGAGCGUACUGCAGGCGGGGAACGCCGCACGUCACACAGGGCCCACCCGCGUCAACGACGACUCCAGCCGCUCCCAUGCAGUCUUCACCAUCUUCCUGACGCGGCACGACCCUGAUGACGGCUGCACCGUGUCCUCCAAAUUCCACCUAGUGGACCUGGCGGGAUCAGAGCGGGCUGGCAGGAUGGGCAACACGGGUCAGCGCCUUCAGGAGUCAGCCCUGAUUAAUAGUGGGCUGCUGGCGCUCGGUAACGUCAUCCGUGCCCUGGGCGACCCACGCAGACGUACACGGCACGUGCCCUACCGCGACGCCAAGGUAACCCGGUUGCUGAAAGACUCGCUGGGAGGCAACGCCCAGACCCUGGUGAUCACCUGCGUCAGCCCCUCAACCCACAGCCUCCACGAAACACUCAGCUCACUCAAGUUCGCUAACCGUGCCCGGGCCAUCCACAACCUGCCCGUGGUGAACCAGCACCUGGAUCAGGAGCGGCUGGGGCAGCUGGAAAUGGAGGUGCAGACACUACGAGAAGCUCUGCGAGAUGGGGGGCGCACACGCCCCCCAGGGGGGUCCGAGCAGGCUGAUGAUCUGGCCAGGUGCCAGCAGGAGCUUCUCAAGUUCCGCAGACUUGCUCAGGGGGCUUUCCAGCUCCUGCUAGAUCUCCGGGAAUCCGACUUGAAUGGCGCCUUAAGUUCUACGAAUAGUCGGCUCCUGCAGGAGUGGCUGCAAACGUACAAGGUGGCGUUGAACCAGAAGUCCACCUCAGAGACUGGAUCUCUGGAGAACACAGCAGUAGAGCCUUACUACAUCACUAUCAUGCAGCUCAGGCAAGAGCUCAGAAAGUGCCAGGAUUCUUUGGCCAUGGAUGAACAGAUCUUCUCCCAGAAAGAGUCACAGCUGAAGGAGCUGCAAGCUGAAAUGAAACGACUGGAGCAGGAGAGCCAGGAAUACCAGAGGUUCCUGCAGGAGGAGAGGAACAUGAGUCGCCUACAGAAUGAGAAACUUGAGGAACAGCAGUUGUUGAUCGAUCGUCUAAGAAACGACCUUAUGGCCUCCAGGACCAGGACAUGCGUCUCUGAGGCGUCAGUGGACGUCGGGGGCUCUGAACCUGCUGCACGGAGGCCGUAUAGCGUUCCUUUGAUUAGUCAGCCACGGAGAGACUCGUGUGGCCACGACAAGGCUGGAAAUAGAAAGGUGCACACCAGUCCACCAGCGUACUCCCUCGAGAGAGUCAUGGCAGCCUUCAAGACCCGCAGUCAGCUGCUGUUGGCCCAGAUCGAGGAGAAAGAUGAGGUUCUAGCCCAGGACAUCGGCUCUGAUAGUGAUGAGGAGGAAGAUGACACAGAGGAAAAAGAACAGAUCAAAGGUCUCAAACGUGCUAUGAACCGUACCUGGACCCGCCAGCUUAGCCCAGAUGUCGCCUCGAGGAAGAGGCCAGAGAGACCAUUGCCUCCUCGGUGGGGGGCCCCUCCCCAAGUCCUACCCCCUGCAGCAGACUACGGUGCGAAUGGCAUUGGGCCUAGAAAUGGUCUGGAGGCCACAGAGGAGCUUUCCCUGAAGAGGACUGAAGCUAUAAACCUGCAAUGCUUGAGGGAGGCGGAGCUACGGUAUGACCGCGCCCACCGGAGGAUCAAGGAGCUUGCCCUCAACAUCCGAUUAAAGGAGGAGCUUAUAAAGGAGCUAGUGAAAACUGGGAGUGAUGCCCAAGCUGUGAACAGACAUUAUGCAAUGAAGAUCUCCCAGCUGGAGCAGGAGAUCAAGCAGAGUACGAGUGAGAGGAGAAACGUCAAAGGGGAGCAAGAGAACUCCCAGAGGCCCUCAGUGAAGGAGCAGUAUUUGCCACGGGCACUGGUGGCCCUGUCCUGGCAGACGGAGCGCAGCAGAGUGGACCUGGAGCGCAGCGUGGAGCUUAUGAGGGAGCAGAGUGAUCAUCUGCAGCAGCAGCUGGUGGAGGAAGUGGAGAGGAAGAGGAGUCUGCAAGCACGCAUCUCCAAGGACAAGCAGAAGAUCAGGGAGCUCCAGCAGAGACACAGAGAGCUGGAGAGUGGAAACGCCAGGGAGGACACGGCUAGCUGUGAGAUGCAGCAGCACAGAACCAGCAAUGUGCAGGAACAGAGACUAGAGGAGCAGCAACACUGGCUGGACCAGGCAGAGGAGAAGGUGCUGCAGCAGAGGCAGACCCUGGCUGAGCUCCAGGAGGAGUUGAGUCAGAGGAAGCAUAUAGUCAGCUGCAGAGAGGCCUUCAGUCAAGAGAGGAGCCACCUCGAGAUGAAGAAACUAAACUCUAGCCAGGCCCUGAACAGGGACCUGCUGCGUGUGUCGACGCAGCUGGCUGCUGUGGACCAGGAACUGCAGGAGAAGACCGUGCAGCUGCAGGCCACAUCUGUGGAGGUUAGAGCCUCCUUGUCCCAGGAGCUGGGUGGCCUGCAGCAGGAGAGGGAGCUGCUUCAUAGGAGGAGGGACAGCCUGGAGCAGAAGCUGAAAGACGGCAGUGUGCUCACCGUCGAGGAAGAGCACACACUCUUCCAGCUGGAGGAGGGAUUGGAGGCUCUGGAUGCUGCCAUCGAGUACAAAAACCACAUGAUCAAGAGCGCUAAGAAACUGCUGAAGGAGUCGUCACAGACGGUCUGCUCCAGCGAGGAGAGCAUCAUGGGAAAGCUGGGGACAUUGUCCUAUGCAGAGGUCAAGGCCCUGCUACUGAAGUAUUUCAACAAGGUGGUGAAUCUUCGAGAGGCUGAACGAAGGCUGCAGCUGCGCUGUGAAGAUCUGGAGCUGCAGGCCAACGAGCAGGAAGGUGUGGUCAGAGAGCUGGAGGGUGCUCUACAGCGCCUUAGCCUGGAGACCGACCGCCGGCUCAUGGAGCAGCAGAGGCAGCACCAGCACAGCAUGCAACUUCUCCUGCAGGAUUUCAAAGAGGGUCAGAGCAGCAAACCAGGUGAGAACAUGAAGGCAAAAGAGGAAAAGAUCCAGCAACUGGAGAAGGAUCUCUUCUUCUACAAGAUGACAAGCCGUGAGCUGAGAAAGAAGCUGAAGGAGCUGGUGACAGACUCGCAGUCCCAGCCCAACCUCCCCGGCGAAGGGCGGCAUCCAAGGCAAGCUGCUGACAGCCCAUCUAGGGCGUCUAAGGAGAGCAGAGAUGAUGUGAUUCCUGGAGGGGAACUGCAGGGGCGCUCUGAAGGAGACGGAGGAAGAGGCGGGUGGGUGCGCAUCGGCUCGCAGGCGGAGCUGCUCCCAUCAUGCCAUUCCAGUAGGCAAACCAGGCUGAAAGUUAGUGCUGGAUCCUUCCAGGAAGACUCUAUUGAGUUGUCCCAGAAAACCGACUGACCCAGUCUUGCCUAGAAGGUGUCCAGUGAGCAGUCAGUCAAUUCUGGUUUGUAAGAUGAGCUGUUUGAUGUCCUAACUGUUGCACUUAUAUUUAUGUAAAUGUGAACAUAACCAGUAUCAUUAGCCUGUUUGUGCCACUAGUGUCUGGAUGUUCUGCUAACAAGACUCAUCCCCAUGAUGGAAGUCAAGUCAGACAUAUGUUUUGCUUAUACAGUGCUCCCAAGAAUUUACUUCAACCAGGAGAUGUCACGGUCCCUCAAGCCACCGACAGUCUUUUCAGUCCCAUUAUUGUUGUACCUGACAGUGAUUUGGUUAGGUUAACACUUGCCCUCAAUAUUCUUCGGAUCAUAAUCUAAAUUGUAUAAUCUUUUAUCUUUCUGUUUUUCCUCUAUAACGUUGAUUUUGAUUUAUAAGGAUUUCAUAUUAUAUGUGAGAUUACUUUUCUAAUUUAAUGUGGCUGUACAUAUUGUUUCUAUAAUUUAUGCUAUUUACAUUUAUACUUUUUGUAGAACCCGUGUUCUUAUAAAAUAAACGAUUU